GUUAGGAGCCGUUACAACGAUACAGCUAUCCAAUUACUACUAAUAUUGCUUCACGAAAUUUCCAAGCAUCUUUCAAUCUUAAACUCAACAAACGAAAACUUGAUGAGCUGCAGUAAUGGUCCGCAAUGAGGAGAAAGUUGGAACUUUGGAAGAUGAAGCAGUGAAGAGACGUCAGAGGCUCUUGGCCCUAAAGAAACGCAGAAAUAAGGGCAAUGCUCCAGAUGAUGGAGACUCUCAGGAGAAAGGAGAAGGCCAGGAAGAAGAAGAUGAAUCUCUUCCACCAACACAAGUUCUCUUUAGGAAUUAUAAGCCAAAAUCUGAUAAUCUAGAAGAGGCUGUCUUGCCAUCAGUUGAACCUGCUGAUGUAGAAAACUUGGUUCGAGAACAGAUCGAAGAUGGAGAAAAAGCCAAGGAAGAAGUCCAGGUUGAGAUUAGCAAUUUGGCUCCCAAAAAAAUAACUUUUGAUUUAAAACGAGGUAUUCAAGCACAGCUGGACAAACUUGACCGGAGGACGGAUAAGGCGAUUGCAGAACUUAUUAGACAGAGAUUAAAGGAAGGCAAGCAGCAAGAUUUCUUGAUUGCGGUAAAUGCUGGAGCUCAAGUUAAUCGGAGAGCUGGGUUUGAUUCUGAUGAAGAUUAGACUUACAGUCAUUAUUGUGAAAUAUGUUAAACUGCAAUAUUAUUACUCAUAACCAUAUAAGAAUAUUUUCAUACUAAAAUUUUUACGCUAGGGAAUUUAGUGUAUAUUAUGUGAAACGAGAUUGAAAAAAAAUGACAAAUUUUAUCGCUUCUCAAUUAAUUUUGUUUUAGGAGCUUCUCCUCAUCAGAUGUUCCAUCAUAGUAAAACUUUGUUUCAUCGCAUUACCAUUGCAUGUAUUUUAUGGUGUCCUGCAUAAAUUGGAGGUUACAGGGAUAUAAUGGAAGCAGCAGUUUUUGAAGUAAACAUAAUUUGGAGGGCGUUGCUUAAGGCCCUAAUGAAUAUUAAAUAUUUUAAAUUUCCUACUCUCUUUGAGAUCAAACCCAGGACUCAAAUGAAAGGCAAGGAUGCUACCAACUUACCCACAUAGAGAGUCCUGGGUUCAAUCCAGAUGUGAGUCAGUAUUAUAUUUCUAUUACACUUAUGAUUGUGUGUUGAUUAUUUCUGUUAUAUACAUAUUUUCACAUAACA